AACAAAUACGGGAGUGUCCUUCGUUCCUCAAACACACUCCUCGUGGUUAGUUCACUUCACAACAACUUCCUCGGGGCAAGGUUCGUUAUUAACCAGGAGAAGUUGCUCACAGAUGCCGGAGUCUAUAGUAUCGUGAAUAAAGUCAAAAGUCAGCCAAUGGAAGAGACGCGGUUAUGUUUGGUGCUUUAGCUGAAAGCUGAGGCGAAUCCAGAUGACUUGCACGAUCACUCCAGGAGCGCCACAAUUGUCUAUUGUCAUGUUGAAGAUUUUACCAUCAAUGGCUGCUGAACACACAGAGUACUGCACCAAGUUUUGAAGGCCACCAUGGUUGUGGAUGAAACAUAGCCUGGAAUUGCUUCUGGACCUGGAGCCAAUGUUCAGAGAAGUCAUGGCAGUUCUCAAAAUGCCUAGAUUUAAGAAAUAUCACCUACGGCUAAUGAUAACCUGCUUUAGUACCUUACUGCUCAUGACAUACUGGGAAAAGAUUGACAACUGUGUUGUAACUCAUGUAAUGUCUUUCUCGUACCGAUACCUUAUCAAUAGCUUCAAAUUCAUUAACUCAAGCUUUAUAGUCAACCCUGAGGAUGCCAUCAAGUACAACCACAGGUACCUCAUAAACCAUCAAACAACGUGCGACAACAAAGACAUUUUGCUCCUUCUCUUUGUGAAAAGCUCAUCAGAGAACUUUGAGAGAAGACAGGCAAUUCGCUCUACUUGGGGAAACGAGACGUUCAUUGAAAAUACUCUGGGUGUUAAUGUAAAGGUCUUGUUUGCUCUUGGCCUCCAUCCUAUACCAGAAGAGAGGGGAAAACUUAAGGAGGAUCUUAUGUUUGAGGACCAAAAGUAUCAUGAUCUCAUCCAGCAGGACUUCAUGGACACCUUUCACAAUCUUACUCUAAAGCUUCUGCUGCAACUUGGUUGGAAAGAAACAUACUGCCAUCAUGCGCAGUUCCUCAUGUCUGCAGACGAUGAUGUCUUUGUCCACACUCCCAACCUAAUUCUUUACUUGCAAGGGUUUGGCCAAAGUAACACCAGAGACCUUUGGAUUGGAAGGGUGCACCGCGGUUCACCUCCGAAUCGAGACAAAGAGAGCAAGUACUAUGUGUCCCGAGACUUGUACCCAUGGUUGUCCUACCCAGACUACACCCCUGGAUCUGGGUAUGUCCUCUCCAGAGAUGUGGUGUCCAGAAUCUAUCAAGCUUCGCUCACCAUAAACGCGUCCUUUCACAUCGAUGACGUCUUCCUCGGGAUCUGCGCUAAAAUGAUGGACGUUUCUCCCACGGAUCACGCGUUCUUCUCCGGAGAGGGAAAAGCUCCUCAUCACCAUUGCAUCUACAGCCAGAUGAUGACUUCGCAUGGACAUGUUAGUGACAUUCAUGAAAUGUGGAGGCAUGCGAGAAACGCUGAAGAUGUUCUGAUAUCUUCAGGACUGUUUCGAAGGCUCUACUGCACGGCUGUUAAAGUGAGACUCUUGUGUGUUCCCUUUUUUUCUAAUUCUUAUCCAUGUAAGGCAGCUUUUUUUGAAGAAGACACUUAUUAAAAUUCAACAGAACACCAUUGCUGUAAGUGCACUUAUAAAAUCUGAUUACUAGAGGAAAGUUGUAUUGUAUUGCAUAGCAGUACGUUAGACUGAUUGGGUAGAAAAAGUCAAGAGUUGUGUUCCAAAAAGGGAGAGAAGUGUAAUUUACAGAAUGUUACAUUGUGCAACAUGUUUAUCGCAUUAAGUUAAAGGAAAUUGUUCAGAUCUUCAGUGCAUCAGUAGCCCUUAUGGAUUCUGAAAAAUCAAUAAAUCAGUUAUCUUGGGCAGUAA